AUGCCCGGCUCUUCUUCCACCGACCCGGUCUCAGCCCCGGCUCCGGCGUCGUCUCGAGCGGCUAGCACAGGCACAUCAACGACGGCAUCUGCACCUGUAUCUUCCGGCUUUUCUAUCCUUGCCACAACCAAUGCAAGCUUUCAAGGGGUUUCAGCAGGUGUCCACCGGGACGGCCGGAUCCGCGAUCCUGUGCCCAGUAAGCUUAAAGGAAAGACUGAUGGGUCAAAGGGUAACUUCAGCGUUAUUCACAUGGAUGUUGGGAGGGGAGAUAACGUGGACCGCGAUGCUGAAGCAAAACGGACGAGCGAGAGCACAGAAUUGGCUGCCAAACGAGCCUUUGAGAACGGCUAUGUCUCGCUUCGGAGAAGCCGAUUUGUCCAUGUUCCCGACGAGCCGACGAAGCCUGUGGCGGCCACUCCCCUACCUGCUACUGCACCGGUGUCAACUCGACGCUUCCCUCUGACACCUGCUGAGACCAAAGCCGAACAGGCUCGUCUUCUUACGUUACUACGAAGUUUGCAUCCUGUGUUAGUUGUGGACCAGAUCUGCAAAGCGCUGGCAUUUUUCGGUGGGAUCCCCGGUGCUCCUCCCCCUGCCGACGGCAGCUUUCCAGAAAGCGCGGAAGCAAAUGGCUCUGGGAAGUUUUUUGUUGGAUGGAUUGCGGAGAUCUUCCCUAAACUCGGAGGAAAUAAUCCCCAACAAACCUCUGACCCUACACGGCAGCUGAACGCUACACAACCGGUCAAGCGCAAGCGCGGGCGACCUAAAGGCAGCAAGGGCACCAAGGCCCGGAAAGACAAGGGCAUUAAAAAGGGGCCUAUGAAAAAGUCGUCGAAUAAUGUGGCGGCAAAUGUCGCCCAAGAAGGAAGCCAGGCCCAGUCUUCGACGACACAAGAUGGAGGCUGGAUGAACGGGAAUAAUCAGAAUGCAGACGGUUCCGAUCAGGUUGAUGCAAAUGUCCUGCUUCUGGCCCAAGCUACGGGCCAGCAAGAACAAGGGGAGCCCUCUCAUUCUACUUCGACUGCCGGAACAGCUGGUCAAGCUCCCAUGCCCUCCUCUGGGUCCGGGCUGCCAGCACUCGCUCCCCCUGCUGGUGGAACAGCUGAAGAAACCCCGACACCAAGGAAGAGAGGCCGUCCCAAGGGCUCCAAAAACCGGCCCAAGGACCCGAAUGCUCUAGUGGUUGGGGGAAAAGGACCACAAGCAACUGCGCAGUCUUCCCAAUCCUCCCAUGUUCCUUCUUCGCAGCUCUCACAGACGGCCGAAGUCACGUUGUCAAGCGGAGGAACAGGAACCUUUACAGCAGUGAACUCGGUGAAACAGUCACCUCUCAGCAGAAUUCCGUUGACUUCAGCACCCUCUCUGUCUGAUCAGCCAGUUCAACCAUGCCACACACCCUCUAUCCGCCGGCAGACGGGAUUGGCCGAGCAGCCGAGCUCGAGCAUCAUGUCGACCAGUCCGACCCAAGUUCCUGUUUCCACUCAAACACAGGCGAUAACUAUGGCGACGCUAGCGGCUCCGCAAAAUCAACCCAGUAUCGCCGGAACUGCAGGCCAGAAGCGCAAGAGAAAAGGCGAAAGAGGCGGAACGGGUGCGCAAUUGAACGGCCAAGGAGUUGAUCCAGCGCCUGUUGCAGAUGCCAAUAGCGUCACAUUAAUUACAGCUUCACCUAAUACAACUCUACAACUGGCGUUGUCUACCCAACCUGCUCCUAAACGUCAACGCAGGACUAAAGACGCUAGACUGUUGGCAAGCAGCGGGAAUGAAGGUGUUGCAGACUCGACUUUCAAUGAGACCACUGCUGCUGCAACAGGAUCGUUGUCCCCUAUUCCUGCACCAAGUACUACCCUUGGGACCGAUUCAACUUCGGAUUCAACAGCAUCCACCAAACCUGAGUCGACGAUUGUUUCUACUUCCACUAUUGGCCAGACGAUUCAGUCUCUUGCCUCACCACAACAAGACCAGUUUGAAGUUCAGUCUCCCACGAUGGAAGGCUACCAAAUUCAACUUCAAGCACAGCUUGGGCCACAAAGUGAAAUAGACCAGCAACCGCUACCUUUGCUGUCUCGCUCCGAUUCAACUGCACUUUCUUCUCACCGUCUUCAAUCACAGCAGGAUUAUGCACAGCGAUCCGGUCAGGAAUCUCAGCAACAGGUACAAAGACAACAUCAAGGUCAUCAACAGCACCGCCACCAGCAGCAACAACAACAACAGCAGCAGCAGCAGCAGCAGCAACAGCAACAACAACAUGUUCCUACUAGGCUCGGUCGUUCGCCCAGAACUCAACCGCAGCAAAUUCCACCUCAGAAUCACCCUCAAACGCAUCCCCAGCAGGCUGGGCAAGCGAGGUCACAGAAUCAGUAUAGCCAGUAUCGUGUUUCCCAGUAUCAACAGCAAAAUUACAUGUCGCUGAAAGCAGAGCAGCCGCAUUCUCAGCCACAAACGCAACAGCAGCAGCAGCAGCAGCAGCAGCAACACCAUCACCAACAACAGCAACAACACAUGGCAGGCAUACAACAGCAUUCUAGGACUAGCCAACCUUCCCAAGUUUCCGCUGCCCAGUUUUCCACGAGUGUAUCUCAGUCACAACAAUAUGCUUCUACCCAACAGGCAUACGGGUCCGGUCAGCAAUACUCAACCGGGCAGCAGCAAGUUGCGCAGCAACAGCGGUAUCAGCACCAGUUGGCUACAGCAUCGACUCCGUCAUCAUGCGCAACACACCAACAGUCUCCACCCUUUGGUGCAUCCGCAACCAACUUCAGCGGAGCAGACGACAGUUAUCGAAACUCUGCCGUUACCUCUUCUCUUGAUUCCUCAUUUGGGCAACGGAGCCAAUCUCUGUCUUCAACUGCGGCUACCUCGUUUCGGAGCAGCAGCGCUCAUCAUGGCCUGACCACGCACAACUUAGCAGCUCAACACUCACCACAGUUCAGUGCGGGAGCUGCUGCCCUACAGCAACGGUCUGGCAGCACAAGCCAGCCAACAACACAAAGCAUGCAGAGUUUAGCGGCCAGUGUACAGCCAUUCACUGGAGGAACCGGGACUGACUGGGGUCUGUUUGACCCGAGUCCUUUAGAUACAUCAGCUGCACAGCAGGCCACAAUUGGUCUUGCUAGCGCGGCUUACAAUCUUAACACUGCUGGAGUGCGAGCAUCGUCUAACUCUGGAUCUGCGUUUGCCACCACUAGUUUAGCUAAUUUUGAUACCUCGAGUUUGGGCACAAGUGAUCGUUACUAUGGUAUCGGAAGGAGAUAG